GCUGCUCGAGCCACACCGUCCUCUGGCUGACCGUGGUGGACGUCUUGAGCGCAGUCGAUCCGCAGCCUGUGCGCCCCGCACCGCCUCCUGUGGAAGCUUGAGCCGGCUGUGUAGCUUUCUCCCUUUGUCUCAUAACCAUGUCCACCAAUGAGAAUGCUAAUUCCCCAGCUGCCCGCCUUAACAGAUUCAAGAACAAGGGGAAAGACAGUACAGAAAUGAGGCGGCGCCGAAUAGAAGUUAAUGUGGAGCUCAGGAAAGCUAAGAAGGAUGACCAGAUGCUGAAAAGGAGAAAUGUCAGCUCUUUUCCAGAUGAUGCUGCUUCUCCACUGCAGGAAAACCGCAACAACCAGGGCACUGUAAAUUGGUCUGUUGAUGACAUUGUCAAAGGCAUAAAUAGCAACAAUUUGGAAAGCCAGCUCCAAGCUACUCAAGCUGCUAGGAAACUGCUUUCCAGGGAGAAACAGCCCCCUAUAGACAGCAUAAUCCGGGCUGGUUUGAUUCCAAAAUUUGUGUCCUUCUUGGGCAGAACUGACUGUAGUCCCAUUCAGUUUGAAUCUGCUUGGGCCCUCACUAACAUUGCUUCUGGGACAUCAGAACAGACCAAGGCUGUGGUAGAUGGAGGUGCUAUCCCAGCAUUCAUUUCUCUGUUGGCAUCUCCCCACACUCACAUUAGUGAACAAGCUGUAUGGGCUCUAGGAAACAUUGCAGGUGAUGGCUCGGUUUUCCGAGACUUGGUUAUCAAGUAUGGUGCGGUUGACCCGCUGUUGGCACUUUUGGCGGUUCCUGAUUUGUCAUCUUUAGCGUGUGGUUACUUACGUAAUCUUACCUGGACACUUUCAAAUCUUUGUCGCAACAAGAAUCCUGCACCCCCCUUAGAUGCUGUUGAGCAAAUUCUUCCUACUUUAGUUCGUCUCCUGCAUCACGAUGAUCCAGAAGUUUUAGCUGAUACCUGCUGGGCUAUUUCUUACCUUACCGAUGGUCCAAAUGAACGGAUUGAAAUGGUUGUGAAAACUGGGGUUGUACCCCAACUUGUGAAGCUUUUAGGAGCUACUGAAUUGCCAAUUGUGACUCCCGCGCUAAGAGCCAUAGGGAAUAUUGUCACUGGGACAGAUGAACAGACUCAGGUUGUAAUAGAUGCAGGAGCACUUGCCAUCUUUCCCAGCCUGCUAACAAACUCCAAAACUAAUAUUCAGAAGGAAGCUACGUGGACAAUGUCAAACAUUACAGCUGGCCGCCAGGACCAGAUACAGCAAGUUGUAAAUCAUGGAUUAGUCCCAUUCCUUGUUGGCGUUCUCUCUAAGGCUGACUUUAAGACACAAAAGGAAGCUGUAUGGGCUGUGACCAACUACACAAGCGGUGGAACAGUUGAGCAGAUUGUAUACCUUGUUCAUUGUGGCAUAAUAGAACCGUUGAUGAACCUCCUAACUGCGAAAGACACUAAAAUUAUUCUGGUUAUUCUGGAUGCCAUCUCAAAUAUCUUUCAGGCUGCUGAGAAACUAGGUGAAACUGAGAAACUUAGUAUAAUGAUUGAAGAAUGUGGAGGUUUGGACAAAAUUGAAGCUCUACAAAACCAUGAAAAUGAGUCUGUGUACAAAGCUUCAUUAAACUUGAUUGAGAAGUAUUUCUCUGUGGAGGUGAGUAACCUGGUAAUGUUAAUAAGCACUGGGAAAAUACACACUUAGGAUUAAGCCUGUAAGAUUUUUUUUUCCUCAUACUUUUUUAAUGAGCCCUGAUAAAUACAGUAAAAUAUUAGUGUAAGUAGGAGAUAACAUACAUAUUUGCUCCUCUAAUGUUUGGCUUGAUGAUAAUACCAUCUUUGUAACUUGAGAUAUUAAAAAGUCACCAAUUUACUUUCGAAUGAAAAGCCUCACAAAUCUUAGAAUAUCUUUUUGUUGUUGUUUAAUUUAUUUAUUUGGUUGUGCUGGGUCUUUGUUGCGGCAUGCUUGUGGGCUCUAGUUCCC